AUGUCCUCUGCAGACGCGCUCCCCAACAAGACCUAUUACACCCCGGGGGAUGAGGAACUAGCCGAUCUCUACCACCAAGUCCUCCUUGGCUUCCAGCGCGAAUCACCAACCGCCGAUCCUAUGACAGUGUAUUCACGUAUUCUUGCAGUCCCAAAUUCGAUACAAGACGUUAACCGGUCUAUAUCCACGGGUUCUACAGCGUCGUCGGCCUAUGGGGCGGGCCCUAUAGACGAGACUGGUGCUUCCGGCGUCGGCCGGAAUCCUUCGAUCGUCACGACGGUAUCGGACAGUUCACUUACCCCCAGCACUAACAUCGUACGUGCGUCUUCAUCAGCAGCCACGUCCGUCAACCGGGGCAAUUCCUUUGGGUCGUAUGUUUCCAAGGGCUCGGAUCUGUACCUUCAGGCUGGUCACAGUCAGCAGCAACAGCAGUUCUCGUCCCAGACGCAUCUUCAACCACAGCCGCAAGGCCAAGUGUCUCGCUCGUCAUCUGUUCAGGGACCUGCAAGCUCGUGGCGGGAUAACGAGAUUGUGCGCACCCUCCAGGAUAUCAAGCGCCCGCUGGAGUUGCACGGGGACUGGCAGGACGAUGACGAUGACGACUUUUACGACGACGAUGCGUCAGAAGAUGAUGAGACUCGCUUCUUCAACCCCUCGCUCUUGAGUCACAUCGCGGUCAGACUACGGGACAAGGUACCCAGAGGCACCCAUGUCAAGGGUAGCAUACCGUACCCAAGAGCUUUCACUGGGAAAGACAUUGUAUCGACCAUUCAGUCGCAAAUCCAGCGUGAACUGUUGGUUACCCAUGGCAUAUCGACAAAUGACAGACGGGCAGCGCUACAGGUCGCUCGCAGUCUGCAGAGUCAGCUCUUUUUCUACGAAGUGGAGUGGGGCGGUCGUCCGCUACAGGAUGGUGUUGAGGACGUCUACAUGUUCCUUGACGAUCAAGAGGGCGCGUCGGACUCCCGCGUUGAGCGCGAGGAGCUGCCAACGGCAGUAGUCACGAUGCUCACACGAUGCUAUUCGCCGAGCUGUUACGAUGAGACUCCUUGUUAUUCUUAUGCAUGUCCCAAACGGGAUGAGUCUUGGUCUAUUACUGUACCUCCAGAGAUCCUGCGGACAUUACCCGAGAGCGAAAUCAACCGACAAACCAUCAUUCACAAGAUUAUAAGCAAGGAGAAAUCAUAUCUCCGAGACUUGGAUAUCGUGGAGUCCCUUUUCAUCGUCCCCCUUCGCACGGUUAACCCUCCGGUCAUUCGGCAAAGCGAGAUCGACGAAUUCAUUGAUGAGGUCUUCGGCAACAUACUUGAUUUGAGAGAAUGCAACAGGCGGCUGUUGGAGGUAUUGAAUGUUCGACAACGAGAACAAUACCCCAUUAUUCAGGGCGUCGGUGAUAUCUUUCUCGAGGCGGCGACCGAGUUCCGCGUUGCGUACCCGAUUUACGUGGGACAUCUUCCUGUCGCGGAGAACAAAGUCAAGGAGGAAAGUGAGCGCAAUGCCGAGUUCCGCCGUUUCCUAGAGAAAUAUCCGGUCAUCCUCGAGGCUAUCUGCAAUGAGACUGCAGAGGGGAACACGGAUGCUGAGUUCUUGAAGGAAGCGGUUGAGGCCAUCAAGAAGCUGCAGACCGUUGCGCAACUGUGGACAUGGCAGUCGGCGAUGGGCAGGGGUCAGAUUGGCAAAUAUGAAUGGCACAAUCUCGUCUCCGAAGAGCUUAGGAAGAGUCUUCCAAAGAAAGAACCCAAGCGCCAGUCGAUCAUCUUCGAGCUCAUCAAGGGUGAGAUGGAGUACGUCAAAGAUCUCGAGAACAUCGAAGUGAUGUAUGUGUCACCGCUGCGGGAAAUGGAUCCUCCCAUCAUACCCCGGGAUAGGUUGGAACAAUUCAUCAAAGAUGUCUUUCACAACUUCGCAGAGCUGCACUCCCAUCAUCGCAAGAUGUUAAAUACUUUUCACGAGAUUCAGCGCGAGGAGCACCCCUUGGUUCGCAGUAUUACCGCGGCCGUAUAUGACGCCGUCCUGAACUUCCGUGAAGCGUAUAUGGAGUACAUCCCGAACUACCCGAUCGCAGCGUACCGUAUUGACGAUGAGAUGGUGACUAAUCCGGCCUUCAAGACCUUUGUGGACCAAUGCACUCGGCUUCCCGAGGCUCGCAAGUUAGACAUGAAGAACUUCAUCAAUCGACCGAUUCCACGCUUACUCCGAUACGAGCUGCUUUUGAAGGGCAUUCUUGAGGAGACUCCUGAGGGGCACGAGGACUUGGACACCAUCCCUCAGGUCCUUGAUUUAAUCAAGGCGCUGGGCAAGGAAACCGAGCCUGGUGUGAUGGCCGCAAAGCAGAAAGUCGAGGUAUGGAGGUAUAACUCGAACUUGGUGUUUAAACCAGGCGAAGCCAUCGAUAUGGAUCUUUUGAACGAAAACCGUUCGCUGAUCCAUACUGGCAAGCUCUUGCGUCAGCCUGAUACCGGCUUCGAGUGGAGUGGUUGGACAGAGCUGUUUGUUCUCCUCUUCGACAACUACCUCGUUAUGACCAAGCCCAAGGAGAAGGAAGGCCUUACGCGGUAUCAUGUAUACAGACGCCCCAUCCCGCUUGAUUUGUUGACGUUGGCUAACUUUACUGAUCCACCGACCCAACGAAGUGCCGGAAUUCUGCGUCUGGGUCGAACGGGACAUGCCGAAACCGCUGUUACGCCAGGUGCUGCGGGCACGCCUGACAGUGCAACUGAUUCCCGUGCUGUGUACCCUUGCACGAUUCAUCAUAAUGGCCGAUUAGGCGGCCUCUACACUGUCUUCGCCGAAACAAGUCAGGCUCGUAGCGAGUGGAAACAGAAGCUCGAGGAAGCAAUUGGUUUGCGUAAAGUUGUGCAGGAAUCUAACAAGGUCUUCGAGGUCGAGACCCUUAGCGCGGACACAUUUUUCGUUCAACCUAUGGCUCCUGGUGGGAACCAAGCUUAUCACCAUGAGACUGCCUUCACCGGCAAGGUUACCUGCUCCGUUCCCUUCACUACGGCUGAUGGCCGGGGGCUCGUCGCUAUUGGAUGCGCCGAGGGUGUAUGGAUUGGCUUCCGACAUGAUUCAUCCUCUAUGCGUCGGGUCUUACAUCUGAAAAUGGUGACUCAAUGUGCGAUGCUGGAGGACUUCGGUAUAUUCCUGGUGCUAGCGGACAAGUCACUUUUUGCCUACCACAUCGAAGCACUUGUUCCCUCUUCUCCUCAGAGCGCGCAUACAUCUCAGACCCCGCAGAAGCUAAGUGGAAACAAAGACGUCCACUUCUUCAGCGUUGGAACCCUCAAUGGUCGCACACUCGUGAUAUACAUGAAGAAGAAAGGGCUGGACAGCGUUUUCCGGGUCUUGGAACCAGUCAUCGGCAAGAUCAACGAGAGGGCCGAAGCACCUAGAACAUUCAGCUCUCGCAUCAUGCUCAGGUCUCAACGAUCAGAGUGGUUUAGAGUAUACAGGGACUUCUUCCUUCCAUCGGAAUCCUUCGACCUGAUCUUCCUCAAAGCCAGAAUUGUCAUUUUAUGCACGAAAGGCUUCGAGAUCAUGGACCUUACUGACUUUAAGAGUGUCACUAUCCCCCAACGCGAUGAUCCUCGCUUAGAAAAACUCGCUAAGCGCUGCGAUUCAUGUCGACCUAUGGGCAUGUUCCGCACGAAUCAGGACGAGUUCUUGCUCUGCUAUGACGAAUUUGGGUUGUACGUGGAUCGUCAUGGUGAUCCCAGCCGAUCAAUGGGUACCAUUGAAUGGGAGGGAACCGCAGAGCACGUUGCAUGGCAUCCACCCUAUGUUCUCCUCUUCGACACGAGGUUCAUUGAGAUCCGGCAUGUCGAGACAGGGCGUCUGGCGCAAAUCAUCCCUGGCAACGAUGUGCGAUCCAUAUGGGAUGGUCGGGGCACCACCAACGGUCCGACAUCAUCAGUACCCGGACCAGAGGGCUGGACAGAGGGCGUUUCGCAAGAGCCACGCGUACACGGGGUGAUGAACGCCGACAAUGCUCUACAACCCGGGGCUAACCGGGGUGCCCGACCCAUUGCACAACAUGUCUUCGAGCUUAUACCCACCAUCCCAUUGUACCUUCCUGGAUCUCUGUCCUCACCAUCGCAUGCGACGCAUUUUGCCCAGAGCAACUCUCCACCGCAUUCACCUCGCCUGAACCCUGCCCUAUCAUUCCGAUAAUGUAUUCUCUUACUUGUAUCGCAUGUUGUUGCCUGUUAUCGAUUGUUUGCUAGCCUUCCUUUGUGUAUAAACACCACAUUUGUCUUUCAUUUAUACGGCUUAGCAUGGAUAUUAAU